AGCAACAGCUGACAAGAUGUAUUUACGAAUAUGCAUAUGCGAAUAUGCAUCAGAAUCGUUAUCACAAAUAAAAAAAACUCGAUGAGGCAGUUUCGCUUGAUAAACGUGUUGUAUGUUGCUAGUUGUAUCCUAGAUACGAUCUCUCUCUGCUACUUGUAUUACAGCAGAAGAGCAGUAGUUCAGCAGUAGUACAGAUGUACAGCAGACAUGGCGGAUGAGAUUUCAACAACAAAUUCCAUCAGUACUGAUACUGCAUCGACAAAACCUUUACUCUUACUUCCAGCCAAUGGAAAACAAAAAUAUAUAAGUGAAACAACAGCGUCAGAGGAUCGAAUCAAGCCUAAGUUAUACACACGACGAUGGUUUAUGCUAAUACUCUUCUGUAGCUAUUCUCUGACAAAUGCCUUUCAAUGGAUUCAUCUUAGUAUUAUUGGGAAUAUCAUACAUCGCUACUACAACGAAAGUCUUCCGGGUGACCAGUACCAGCAACAGUUAGGAAUUGAAUGGCUCUCAAUGGUCUACAUGCUUGUGUACAUACCUCUCAUUUUCCCAGCUACAUGGAUAUUAGACAAGAAGGGACUACGAGUUGCAGGGAUACUUGGCACUGGAAUAAAUGCACUUGGGGCGUGGCUAAAAUGUGCCAGUAUUUCUCCAGAUAGAUUUGGCGUGCUUAUGUUUGCGCAAACCGUAUGUGCUAUUGCGCAAAUAUUUAUUCUCGGGCUUCCCCCUAGACUUGCUGCAGUUUGGUUUGGUCCUAAUGAAGUAUCAACUGCAACUGCUAUAGGGGUAUUUGGAAAUCAGCUUGGAAACGGAGUAGGAUUUCUUCUUCCUCCAGUUUUUGUCAAAAAUGACCCCAAUCUUGACGUGGUGGGCCAUGGGUUGACAAUAAUGUUCUAUGGAACAGCCGCGUUGACCACGCUUCUCUUCAUAAUCGUGUGCAUUGUUUUCAAAAAGUGUCCGGAUGUGCCUCCUAGUCAAGCACAGGCUAAGAUUGUAGAGGAUGCGGCGCACGAGAACUACAUUGACUCAUUGAAACGAUUGAUAUCAAACCCUGGUUUUAUACUUCUCAUGCUUUCAUAUGGUUUAAAUACAGGAUCAUUUUAUGGAAUAUCAACGCAGCUUAAUCCACUAGUGCUGAAGCAUUUCCCAGGUGAGGAACAAAAUGCAGGCAGGAUAGGCCUAACUAUUGUACUUACUGGAAUAGUGGCGUCCAUAUUGGCAGGCAUCUGGUUAGACAAGACCAAAACUUACAAAUGGACAACAGCAGGACUGUAUAUAUUUGCUUUCAUUUCAAUGAUAGUGUUCACAUUUACCACCAGUACGCACAUAUGGGUCAUCUUUGUCGUGGCAGGAGCACUAGGGUUUUUCAUGACAGGAUAUCUGCCUGUUGGGUUCGAGUUCGGUGCAGAGAUAACAUAUCCUGAAUCUGAGGGGACAUCGUCUGGCUUACUCAAUGCAUCAGCUCAAUUAUUUGGUAUCAUUCUUACACUUGGUAUGGGUGCCUUACUGAAAUACGGGACACUUGCUCCUUGCCUACUUGUAGCAGGUGCCUUAUUGGUAGGAUGUAUUAUGACAAUCUUGAUUAAAAGUGAUCUUAGAAGGCAGAAGGCAGAGAGUGAAAGAGAAAAUGAAAUGAAAACAAUCUAACGAAACAGACAUCUUUGAAAUGUUACAGAUUCUAACUGCCGAACGCCAAACGCCGAACACAAAAAAAGUUGGAGACUAUAA